AGAAGAAGAAGGAAACAUAAACAAAGAUGGCGCUGCGCCGUCUGAGAGGUUGUUACGGGUUGCCGUCAACAUUUAUCUUCACUCGGUUGUUAUUAACCAACAGAAUCAACCCGAACCGGUCCAACAAAGCGCUGCUACCUUCCUCACCACCGGCCCGCCCGUACAGCUCCGACCGGGACAACCAGAACCAGAACCAGACCCAGAAGGUGGUGGUGGUUCUCCCGAACCCUUUCAUCUGGUUCCGUAUCCGGAUAUAUUUCUUCCUGAUCAGAGCUUACUUCGAUAAAGAGUUCAACCGUGAAGAGUUCACGGAGGGAGCGACGCAGGCUUUCUCUCAUGUUUCCAGACUGUUGUCACAAUGUAAGUUUGAAGCUUUGGAAGGACUCGUGGCUGAAGACUUGAUCGGGAAGCUCGAGGAAAAGUGCAACCAGCUGUCGUCGACCCACAAGAAAGCUCUCUCUGCAGAAUCUGAUGAGAUCAUGUACACGGCACCUGGAGACGUAGGAAUCCACUAUGAUGAUAACGGGAGAAAGUUUGUCAGUAUCCUGAUGCGUUUCUGGUAUCUGACGAGCGCGCGUCUUCCUGACGACACCCUGGAGGACUUCAUCUCCCAGAUGGGUUUUGGUGGAAAGGGAAAGAGACUGUUAACAGCAAAUUAUGAAUUCCAAAGGGAGUUUACUAAAGGAGCGCCUCCGGACUGGACCAUUACGAGGGUGGAGCACUCCAAGCUUUUGGAUAAGGUGUUUUUGAUUUGAGGCAGUCGUGCCAGUGGAAACUAGUCAAAGACAUUAAAAUCAAUCCUCAGCGUUUUCUUUGAUUAAACUGAGUUCAGAACAGACAUUGUCGGAAAGACACAUGAGCCAAACACACGUAUUCUCACAGAUACGGUAUAUCAUUGUUUUUCUUCAUCAUAUCUGAUUCCCCCCCCAAAAGAAACUGAUUUAAUUGGAAACUCUUGCUCUGGAAGGUUUUGUUCAUUCAGGAACGGAUCAAAUAUGAUAUUCAACACAUUUCUAGACUUUAUAAAAGUGUAACGUCAUACGGGUGGGGGCUUGUUUUCUAUGUUUGAAAGGACUCACUGUUGUGUAUACUGUGUAUACUGACUCUAUUCCCAAGUAGAGAACUUGUCUAUGUAGCACUUUUUGCUAUAAAGAUGUAAGAUGAAGCCAGAUUUCCACAUAAAAACACUGACUCAGAACCCGGAGGUACAUGCCGUAUAUGUACUGUGUGAGUGUACAUAGUUUGAUUGUUUUAUUAAAGAUUUAAAAAACUAAA